UUAACCCGUGGACGGAACCUCAGCCGCCCGCUGUAUCGCGAUGAGCUCCAAGCCGCUGGCAAGCGUAGCCGGGGAGACCCCACCUCUGAGCCCACGGUGUCCAGGAAAGGCUUGCUGAGCGGAGUGCACGGCCGGCUCUGGAACCCCACCGCGCAUGGCCCGGAAGGCACGCUGCGAGCACGUGAGGACGGCUCGGGGAGGAGGGGCCCGGCCUGCACUUGGGCCCUGCCCUGAGGGCCACAGGCGAGCCUGGGGGGGAGGGAGAGGCGGGCCCAAGAGCCUGUCCCUCUGCCCCGGGCCCACGGCCUGUGGCAGCCUCUGGAGAGCGUCCUGUGGAUGGCCCACUGCCACCUUCCCGGUGCAGAUCACCGGGGUGGAAUGUGAGAGGGAGGACGACACGCUUCGGAAACACACCUCCUCCGGGAGGGUCCCCGGAGGGGCCAGUAACAGUCGCAGGCACGGACUGCGGGCUCACCCCAGUACCAGGCCGAAGGUCCCGUCCACCACGGAAGGCGCACGGAAGGACACAAACCCCGUGAGAGCAUGGAUGGCUACUCGCCUGCUGCGCUUUGCCGGGCUCCCCCAGUAACAGCCCUGCCCGCGGUGUGGGUCAUAACGGCCACACCGAGGAGACAGGGCUUGUCACAGGGGCUGACAGUGCCCAGAGAUGUCUGGCGGUCACCUACUUCUAGCCAGGAUUUCCAGGAUCAGCCGUAUUUUCAUAAAGCCCAAGCGCUGCAGAAUCACCGUCUCUGGAGGCGGCCGAGCAAGCUGACCGCGAACGGAGCACAGCCUGCGGCCAGCGCCCGCCGCCCGCCCUCACAGUGCCCGUGUGCAUGUUUCCAGCUUCGGCCUAACCUCCCACCAAACCUCCACGGAGCCACGGAACAGAGGGGCGCUGAAGCUGCCAGUCCCUGUGUCGGGGCCCAGAGCAACACCUGUCGGAGGAGAAUGAGGGUACCACACAGGUCUGUGCCACGCGUGCUCUCGAGAAGCUGUGGCAGCCCGCCCAGAAACGCCAAGAUCGCUCUACGGCUCUCGCUCUUGCCAUCUGGGGCCCUGCCUGCCCAUGACACUGUGCGCGGGCCGCCGGGCUCAGAAACGCAUUUACAGAGAGCCCCCGCCAAGCGUCCCCUUUUCCCGGCAAUCCCUGCCAGAGGUACUGGCGGCCUUCCGGCCGACUCAGAGGCUGACUCGGAGAGCAGGAUUCUAACCAUCCCACCCCCGAUUCCCUGUCAUCGGAGCGCGGUGCCCUGCACCGACCAGGCAGUGUGGGAACACAGGCUGUGUCUACAAAUACAACAAUCGCCCCAGGCAGUGCACAUUGAAGUAUCCAUGAGUGUCUCAAAAAAGUCCCUUUACGACUGGUCUGUUGCGAGCAGCGCUCCAGCGAAGCGUGGGCACAGCCCGGGGCCGAUGGCCUCCCUCGGUCUUCACCGCUCGUCCACGCCCUGGCCUCGGGGACUGGCUGGCUGCCUUCCGUGUGUCCCCCACACCUCCCCAGCCUCCGCGCAUCCUCUCAACUGGCUGCUAGACCUAGAGGCUUGGCUGGAUUCCGCCGACCUUCCUUCGGCAAGACGACUUCGGGGGGCCUGCUGUACUUCCCGCUGCAGAACGCCAGGGACGGCAGAAGUAAACGGCGCCUUCCUUACGAUGCUGCUCCUUCUGCACGGCCUGGCUGGUUCUCCUACAAAGUGCCCCCGUCCACUCCUCACUGCCCCGGAAGGCGCUCCGAACUGGACAGGAGGGAAACGUCUGGUUCUCUCCCUCUACCAACUUCCAGAAUGAUGAACGGGUGCCUUCCCGAUCUGCACAGGGUGAAGCGUGCGGUGUGUCCGUGCACACGGGCGUGAAAACAGACGUGUGUGUCUCCCCGGGGUGGACUUCCCUUUCCGUUGCUGUCCUGCCGGCGUGGCUCUUCAAAUGCCCCCGAGAGACGGUUUUUCUCUUUACAAAACAGGAAAUGUGUCAUGUGAAACACGGGCUGGUGAGGGUUAACUGACGGGUAAAGGAACAGCCCUUAGGAAGGGUCUAAGGCUGCACACAAAACAAAGUGAAGUUUAAAACGGACCAGAAUUUCGAUGGCCGCGAGCGCCGGGUGGGGGGGUCGCCGCUCCGGUCGCCUGACCGAGAACUCGCCAGGACGUGGGCGGGGCUGGGCGCCCGUGAAUUUCAGUAACUGCACGGCUUACUAAAUAUACGCGUGGUCUUGGGAUCUUGUUAUUUGUUCUACCCGGGCAGUCUGAUUUGACAGUUUUUAAAUAAAUU